CUUUUCUUUUUUUCUUUUUCCUUUCUCUCUCUAUCAACUGUAUGAUAAUAAGAUUCUGCAUUUUGUGCGUAAUUCUAUUAAUUAUACAGAACCGAAUGCUUUGUGAUUCGCUCCCUUUCCGCAUUUAUUUUCUCUGGUAAUUUCUCGUUUUAACUAUGAAGCUUCCACGCUUGAUAAUUUAUACGAGUAAAAUUGAGUAUAAUUAUUCAUCGUUUAAAGCAAAGCAGUGAGCUACGGCAACGGAAGCUUACAAUGGCAUAAAUGGAACACAGCAGGAGUAAAAUGGGUGAAGAUAAUUCCUUUUUGCAAAACAAUAAAACAAAGAAGCCAGAAACCCAUAAAAAUCACAAUAGUAGAGAUGUUAUAUCUGGGAAUGAACUUUGGACAGAUGGGCUUAUUUGUGCCUUUGAAUUUGUUCGAGUCCGUGGUAGUAGGAGAUCCAUCAACUCGAAAUCUGUUUCAAAGACCCCGAGCAAACAAUUAGAUGGCGAGCAGACAAAGUAUCAAGUGCAAGCCACCGGACUAAGUGAGUCUCCAAGACAUGAUAGGAACAAAUUAUUGGAGCCCUCAUCCCUUUCUGAAUUUAGAGGCAAUCAGAAUGUUUCUUCAGGCGACAGCCGGAUUGAUCAAUCAGGACAAUAUCGUGCCAUAGAAAGAUUUGAUGAUAGUCAUUGGGUACCCAUCGGGUGGGCUAGAAUUUCAGACCUUGUCCAAACGGUGCAAACUGAUUUUAGCUGGACAACACAGUUGCUAGACUUGAUGGAUGAAGAAGACGAUCUUACUGUUGCAGAAUUAGCAGCUCCUUACUGGGAGCGGCCAGCUGGGCCCAUAUGGUGGUGCCACGUCUCUGCAAAUCACCCCUCUGUCCAAUCCUGGCUCAACAAUGCCCAGUGGUUACAUCCUGCCAUCAGUGUAGCUUUGAGAGAUGAAAGUCGAUUAAUAAGCGAGCGGAUGAAACACCUUUUGUAUGAGGUCCCGGUAAGGGUUGCUGGAGGGCUGUUGUUCGAACUCUUGGGACAAUCAGCUGGUGAUCCUUUUGUUGAAGAGGAUGACAUUCCCAUUGUGCUGCGCUCUUGGCAAGCACAAAAUUUUCUAAUUACUUCACUGCACAUCAAAGGGAAUGUGUCAAGAGUAAAUGUUUUGGGCAUCACUGAAGUUCUGGAGCUUCUUUCUGGUGGAGGUUAUAAUACACCAAGAACAGUGCAUGAAGUCAUAGCUUUACUAGCUUGCCGCCUAACUCGUUGGGAUGAUAGGUUAUUUCGCAAGUCCAUAUUUGGGGCAGCAGAUGAGAUCGAGCUGAAAUUUAUGAACAGGAGAAACCAUGAAGAUAUGAAUCUUUUUAGUGUUAUUCUAAACCAAGAAAUCAGAAGGUUAUCAAGACAGGUUAUUAGGGUGAAAUGGUCACUCCAUGCAAGAGAGGAGAUAGUUUUUGAGCUGCUUCAUCAUUUGAGAGGAAAUGCAGCAAGAAUUUUGUUGGAGGAAAUAAGGAAGAGUACAAGAGAAAUGAUGGAGGAGCAAGAAGCAGUUCGCGGUCGCUUGUUUACCAUUCAAGAUGUAAUGCAAAGCACUGUUCGAGCAUGGUUACAGGAUAGAAGCCUUCGUGUAACUCAUAAUCUGGCUGUUUUUGGAGGCUGUGGCCUUGUUCUUUCUAUCAUCACCGGGCUGUUUGGAAUCAAUGUGGAUGGGAUCCCUGGAGCAGAGAAUACACCAUACGCGUUUGGUGUGUUUACAGCUAUCCUCUUAUUCAUUGGUGUGGUACUAAUUGCAGUUGGGUUGCUUUACCUUGGAUUGAAGCAGCCCAUCACUGAAAAGAGGGUUGAAGUGAGAAAGUUGGAGUUGCAAGAGCUAGUGAAGAUGUUUCAGCAUGAAGCAGAGACUCAUGCCCAGGUUCGUAAAAAUGUGCAUCGUACAAACUUGACUCCAACUUCUGGAGACGGGCUUACAGAUGAUGUGGAUUAUGUCCUUAUCCAAUAAAACACAUUGUCAUCAUUUCAGCACUCCAUUUUGUAGUGAAAUAUUUUUUAUUUUUCUCAAGUGGAAACUCUCUUUAUAGGAAUAGCCUCUGUAUAUGGGCACCAGAAUAAAUUCUAUAUUGUUGUAAUCUUUUUAGGCCUCGUCUUGAGAAAAGAACAUUCGCUUCAUAUAUAUGUCUAUAUAUUUUCUCCCCAUUUUCCUUCA